AUGUUACAGCGGACCACUGAACUUUCCGCGGGCAACCGGACACUACAUCAAUCAUCUACACAGAAUUUGCCAAAUAUUAGUAGUGAGAUUGCUCACGGGGGUGGCCUAUGCGGCAAAAUUUUCCUUCGCCGCGAGUGGGAGUGUUUGUCUUCUGUCACAUGCGUCAUUCCUCCCCUGCAUGUAGAGCACACGCUCUCUCCUCUGCCCCAUUCUGUGGCCCCCUCAGGCGCAAACCCAAUGUAA